AUGUCAUAUCAGAGACCGCCAAUGCCACUUCCUGACGAUGAACCAUCUCUGCUGCAGCAUAUACAAUCGUCUAAGGUAGCUCCCCCUUUGCCACCUCGAGGCUUAGAAGGUGAUCGUCCUCCACCACUUCCUGUGCGAAAAGAGACAACUCGCCGAGGAGUUGCUCAAGUGCCAUUCACUACUGCAACCAGCACGAUAGACUUGAAUGGUAUCCUUCCCAGUGGUCCUCCUUUAGAUGUGUUUUCGAGGGUUGGUCAUGAAGUGCCAUUGCCGCCGAUGGCGAGACAGGACAGCCCGCCCGUACAGACCAACAAGUUUUACGGCAACAUGUUGCUAGGAAAUCAAGCGAAUGCUGUGUGGACACAUCCUUACUCUUUAUGGUAUGCAAGAGAUUCGAACUUCUUUGGAAUGGCAGUGUCUCAUACUACUUCUUCGCAGCGCGUCUACGGAUCUGGCACUCCGCCACAGUACUUCUUCAAUCCAAUUGGCAUCAAGUCGUUUGUCUUCUCUUCGGCAGAGUUCGAGGGGCCCGGCGAUCUAUCGCUAAAACUUGGCUCUCCCAAGCAUAUGUCAGUGCAAGUUUAUCUACACAAGAAUGACGAACAAUACGUACACUUUCCUCUGUUGCAGGGAAUGGGGUUUGUGAGUGCUGUAUACGUCAACAUGCAACCAAAGAUCCAAUCUGCGGUUGGAUUUCGCCGCUUUGAAAGCGCUCAAAUUCUUGGAAGCACGCAAAAAUAUAAUGUACUGCUCGAGGAUAACCGCAAAUGGACCGUGUACGUGACCCCCGCGCCAGGCCAACCUCUAAGCUUUGAAUUGCAAGGCGGAAACACUGUCCUGGGAUCACAUCGCGUCUCGCAAUGUCUCAUUCAAAUUGUGGCAGACGACUCUUCAGCUAUCGACCAAGCUGCCGGAUGCUAUCCCACUGACUGCUCGCUUGCUUGUUCUGUUGCGGGCGGCACUGGCACUUACAAACUAACUUAUCAACUGGCCGGUAGCUCAGUGAGUGGAAAAACAUUGAUGUACGCGCUGCCACAUCAUGUCAGCAGUUUCUGUAAACCGAUGACUUCUAAACUGAUAGAAUCUAAACUGGAUUCUACGGUAUGUGGUCAAAUGACGGGUCUUAUCACCGAUGUGUUCGAAAUGACCGUGAGUGUUCCCAAUGUGGGGUUCUUUCCAGCUACCACUAUUCCAGGUAAAAAUAAUCCUCCACAGUACUCUGCUGAUGUCUUGGAGGCAAUCAAAAAAGCAGCAUCUUCGGAGGUAAACGGGGAUGUGAUCAACGAAUCGAAUCUCAACUCUAUGUACUUUUCCGGUAAAGUACUGGCUAAAUAUGCCUGGGUACUGUAUUGCUGCUGUUACAUUAUCAAUGACAGCGCCUUGGUUUCUCAACUCCUUCCAAAGCUGAAAGGCGCCAUGGGCAGAUUCGUCGGCAACAGCCAGAUUUUGCCGUUGAGAUAUGAUAAAACAUGGGGAGGCCUUAUAUCUUCGGGAACACCUUCUGACGAUUUUGGUAACUCUUACUACAAUGACCAUCACUUUCACUACAGUUACCAUGUAAUCACCGCGGCCAUCUUGUCGAUAGUCGACCGAGAUGCCGGAGAGAAUAGUUGGCUUACCGAAAACAGGGAGUGGGUAGAAAAUCUCUUGAGGGAUUACGCCAACCCUUCGGAAUAUGACAGCUACUUCCCAGCCUUCAGGUCGUUCGACUGGUUUAAUGGCCAUUCGUGGGCCAAAGGGCUGUUUGAAAGCGGAGAUGGCAAAGAUGAAGAAUCGAGUUCUGAAGACGUCAACGCGUCCUACGCUAUCAAACUUUGGGGGCUGGCUACACACAACCAAUCACUUAUUGCCUUGGGUGACAUUCAACUGGGAAUAUUGAACACUUCAUUGAACUCGUAUUUCCUCUAUUCGGAUGACAACAAAAUCAUGCCUCCAUCUUUUAUUCCCAACAAGGUCAGUGGUAUCCUUUUCGAAAACAAGAUAGAUCACACAACAUAUUUUGGAACCAAUUUGGAGUACAUUCAAAUGAUACAUGCCAUACCAAUAACUCCGGCCUCUUCGUUUGUCAGACAUCCUACUUUCGUUCAAGAGGAAUGGGACCAAAAGCUGGCUCCCAUAGUUGCCCAAGUUCAAGAUGGUUGGAAAGGCGUCAUGCUUCUAAAUCUUGCUUUAUGCAAUCCUAAGGCUUCCUACGACUUCUUCAACAGCUCGUCUUUCACGUCUGCCUAUUUGGAUAAUGGCCAAAGCUUAACGUGGUCACUAGCUUACUCUGGCGCCUUCCUAUGA